AGGCCACGGGGAAGAUGAUGCGACUUUCUGGUUUUUUCGUAGUUCGAUCAGUUGUAGUCUAAUAUGAUAAAUAAGAUUAGAUUUUAUCAAGCUGCCAAGAUGACGACUAGUACAGCAAGAACAAAAGCUAGGUCCUCACCUGCACCUAGUUACAUUUCGCAUUCUUUUGUUUCAACAAUUGAGCAUCAAACUACUUCUAAGGACACUUCAUGUAGUAGAUCUACCAGUUCAGGAGCCUCAUCUUCUAAGGAUGCUCCUAUAGACGAUAAAGAUGUCGUACAGCUGCAAAACGCAGCCCGCAUAGUCAGACUAGAAUCCUCCUCAAACGGGACUACGUGGAAUGUUGCGGUUGGUGGCGAGCAGGAUGCCAGCGACGUCCAGGGUGGUGGCGUCGCAGCUUGCAGAUUAUCGCCUGAAUGCGUCUUUUUCAUAGAGAAUGGAAGGGAGACGUUGUUAGACGAGUACUCUUCUUGCAGGAGAAGGUCUGCAUCCAGUACGAGAACGAGUGAGCAGGCGGUUCUUCUAGAGCUGGGCGCUGGGCAUGGAUGUCUUGGAGCAUGGGCAGCGGCUUUACUCAGCACAACGGAGAAGCUCGAAGAUGACCUAGAAGUACUAGAAGAUCAUCAAGUAGAAGACUCGUCUAGCUCCACUCGCGCAGGUUCAUCACCAGCCUGCUCAUCGCCAGCCUCAUUGCCAGCGUCUUCAAGCAGCUCCUCUCCGAGAGACAGUUGGCUUCAACCACCGUCAACAGCCUGCCCACCAUCGCCGGGAACAACCACAUCGCGGCCACUAGUCUUCCUGACAGACCUCCCAGAUUUCCUUUUCCGCGCAGAGACGACAAUCGCAGCGAAUGCACCUACACGCGCAUCAGGUGGUCUUCAGGCCUUCCCCCUUCCCUUCGGUGAGACAGAGGCUGUAGUAAAAUGGUUUCAGCACGUUGGAGGAGACCAACCACCACGAGUCGUCCUCCUAGGAGCUGGCAUCACCUACUGGGAGUGUUUGUUUGAGCCUCUCAUUGCGACUUUGGGGGACUUUUUUGACCGCGCCGGUCCCGGAUCCUGUGCGCUUUUGAGCUACUUUAGGAGAAACUGGAGUCUCGAGAAGCGUUUCUGGACAAAGUUGCUGGUGAAGAGGUUCCAUGUGGAAGUUGUCGCGGAAGGGAAGGUUGACGAUGACGGGGUGGUUGUAGAUGAUCAAGAAGAUGGAGGGAAUGUUGGUCGACAAACCAAUACUACUCCAAGAACAAGACGAGUUAGGGAUCAGCGCCUAUAUGCGCCGACGUGUACUAGGGACAACGAAACAGCCGAAUGGAACUUGAGGUUGUACAAGGUAACGCCUAAAGAAAAUCAAAAUCGUGGUGGUGAGCAGCCUGAGCAAAAAAACCAAGGCACCAGAGGGGGUGAAAACGGACAAUUUGGAAGCUCAACUACAUCUGGCACUCUACCAAUUGGAGCUACAGCAUUUUCUAAAGCUGACAAAAAAGCACAGGAUGCCUUAGCAGCUAAAAUAGCAAGGGAAGCUGCCAAAGAGCAAAAGGCUGCCGAAGCGAAAGAUAAAAAAGGCAAGAAUAAGAAGAAGAAAUGAAGACGCAUGACGGCCUGUAGUUACCCCCAGCCUUUUACCUGAUCCCCACCUAGUGCUAGUGCUUCAUAGCAUAACUCUAUUUCU